AUGACGGAUGUUGCCACUCGAGUGGAGAGGCUGAGGGAGAGAAUCAAACGAAAGCGGGACGAGGUGUACCACCAUCUGGAUGCAGCCUUCUACUCCCAGUGCCGCUCUGUACUUGAGGAGGUGAUGCGGCGUGAUGUGAACGCCCUCUUUGCUGCGAAGCCCUGCGAUCUGCCGGAGUACACACUGCGGGUGGCGAGGCCGAUGUGGUGGGCCCUCAUUGCGCGGCGCCUCGACCGGCACGAGUACGGCAGCCGCGACGAGUUCGUGCGGGACAUGCGGCUGGUGGUGGAGAACUGCUACGUCUACAACGGCGACGCCGCCCCCGCCUCCGCCCUCGCCCGCCGCCUCGAAGUGGCGAUGGAAGAUUUAUUCGUCACGCGACUCGCCGUCGCCCCGCCGGACGCGCGCGACAUCAUCCGCCUCGGCAAAGGCGUCACACACGCACAGGCCCGCCAGCUGUGGGAGAUCGUCUGCCGCUACGAACAGCAGGAACAGGGAAGGGCUGCAGCGCGGCAGCAUAUCGUCCCAUCACAGCUCAAGUGCGCAACGCAGAGACGCGUCAUCGCCUUUCUCCGCCACAAGGCCGAGGCGAGUGAGAAGAAUGGAAGAACCGAGAAAACCGCACCUGCGCAUCAACAACAACAACAGCAGCAACAACCCACUAGAACCACAAAACAACCAGUGGCACCGCAAUACCCUACUCGAAACAUACUUGAAACAGAUGCUGAUGUGGAGUUUAGUUCAGAGCAGAAACCACAACAAAAUACUCUUCAGGAACCCCAGCUUGAACGUGUACCACAAAAUCAACGAUCGGGGUUUUCUUCAUUUCCGACAUUAAGCCCUAUUCACUUUGAUGAAAGUUCAGAAGGAGAGGAUGAUGGAAUGGAAGGGUUCUGA